GGUGCACGACGAGCAAAGGCACACCCCUGAAGGGCCUGAACUAGGUAUUGGCUAUACGCGUUGCGCAUUCAAAUCCAAGUUCCCUUUACUGCUUUCUCUAUUAACAUGUCGACCGAAAGCUCCUUAAAUGAAAUCAUUGCCUCCCAGGAUGAACUCAUUCGAGAGGCUGCGCUCGCUCUGCCACACGAAUUUUCUAGAUGCACAUAUUCUUUGGGUCCUAUACGCCAGGCUGUCUAUCUCUGUAUCACUUGUGCUUCUCCUCGCGGUAUAUGCUCUUCAUGUUCCAUCGCUUGCCACACAGAUCAUGAACAGAUUGAACUCUUUCCGAAACGCAACUUCCGCUGCGAUUGUCCUACCUCAACCAUCACACAUUCGUGCACUCUUCAUAAAUCACUCGAAGAAGAGAAUAGUAGUAAUGAGUAUGGCCAGAAUUACCAAGGGGUGUUCUGUCGCUGUGGAAGGCCGUAUGAUGUCAAGACAGAGCGAGAAACGAUGAUACAGUGUCUUUCAUGUGAAGACUGGUUUCAUGAAUCUUGUCUUAACCUUCGUGAACGUCCAUCUUCACGAGAACCUUCACCAGAGCCAGCUACAAAUACCGAAGCUCAAGACGAAGAUGAUGGCCUCUCGGAUGCGUCUUCACCUAACCUUCCUCCUCCCCUUAUUUCCGCAUCUGACUAUGAUUCAUUCAUUUGCUCUUCGUGUGUCUCUUCAAUCGACACUCUGAAACGAUAUGCGGGAACCCCAGGCGUCCUAAUGGUUGUCCGCGAUGAGGAUACCGCUCCUUGGAAGAUGAUCGGUGGGCAUUCUACCGAUGAUACUUUGGAGAAUGGAUCUUCUCUGGACGUCGAUGAUACUGGGUCGACAAGUGCUAGUGUAGGUACUAAACGACCUCGCUCAGCGUCACUUUCAAACGACUCUGUUACAAAAAAACCACGCACUUCGCCAUCACCGGCUUUGCCUACAUCCUGUCUUGCACCUCCUUGCAAUCCGGUUGCCACAAAAGUGUUUGAAGGUCGUACGUCGACAAAUAUCGACUCUUCUUUAGGUACUGGUGAUAUAUUUCUAACCGAGGGUUGGAGAGAACGUUGGUGUCGGUGUAGCUGCUGUCUUCCGUCGCUCGAAUCCCAUCCGUAUCUUCUGGAGGAAGAAGAAACAUACGAGCCUCCUGAAGAUCCAGACUCUGGUUUAUCUCUCGAGGAGCUUGGCAUGAGAGCUUUGGAACGUCUCCCACGUGACCGCGCAAUUGAUGGGAUACGUGCGUUCAAUGAUAUGAGAGACGAUCUCAUCAAGUACCUCAGGCCGUUUGCGCAGCAGGGGAAAGUUGUAAAUGAUGCUGAUGUGAAAUCAUUCUUCGAAACACUCAAGGAAUCUACGAGACAUGGUCGAGAAUAG